GAAAGAAACUUUGAAAGAAGACAAAUAGAUAACGAGUUUCCAGAUUAGGGUUUCGUUCGCGAAGAUCCUUUCAUUUCAUCUCAAUUUUCACUGGUAAGAUCUAACAAAGCUCGAAUCUUUCCUUCAUUUUAAGCAUCUCUAUUGUCUUUUGCAUCUGGUAAACACCCAGAGCGACAUGUUUCUGGUUUCAAUUUUUGGUCAAAACUGAAAAUAUUUAUUGAGAGAGAGAGAGGGAGAGAAAAGAAAUGGAGGAAGGGGAUCAGGUGGAGCAGUUUCAUCGUAACGAAGCGAUCUCAGCCGUUGCUGAUGAGGGGUUUCUCGGGGAAGAGGAUGACGAUUUUGAUGAUCUGUAUAAUGAUGUUAAUGUCGGUGAAGGGUUUCUUCAAAGUUUGAAACAGAACGAGGACGUUGUGGGGUCUGAAAAGGAUGAUAAUAUUAAUAACAAGAGUAAUACUAACCGUAAUGAUGAGGAGAAGAAACUAGAUUCAGCGCCUAAUGUUGCGGGCACUGUUGGUGAGAGUGGCAAUAGUAGUUUGCCUAGGGUUUCUGGGGGAAAUUUCGGUAAUAACAAUAAUAACGAUACUAAGCAGAAUUUAGGAUUUAGUGGGCCUGGCGGGAUGGGUGGGCGUAGUGGUGGAGGUGCGCUUAGGGUUGAAUUAGGGCAGAGUAAGGUGACGAGCGAAGUUGAAGAGCAGGUUAUGAGCAAUAACAAUGUUAAUAGUGGUAAUAAUACUGGAGGUGGUACUGGUGUUGGUGGUGGUGUUCAAGGGAAUAUAGUGCAGCAAAGUCAUACUGGCGGUGGUGGUAUGGGGAAUGAAGCAAUGAUGAGACAGGGAGGUGGGGUAGUUGUUGGUGGUGGUAAUGGUCAUAACAUUGUUGUUGGUAAUGCUGGUGGCGGUGUUGGUGGUGGUUUAGGAGGUGGUGGUGGGACGAUAUUGUUUGUUGGUGAUUUGCAUUGGUGGACAACUGAUGCUGAGUUAGAAGCAGAGUUAUAUAAGUACGGGCAGGUGAAAGAGGUGAAGUUUUUUGAUGAAAAGGCUAGUGGGAAGUCAAAGGGGUAUUGCCAAGUUGAGUUCUAUGACCCAGCUGCAGCCACUGCAUGUAAAGAGAAUAUGAAUGGACAUUUAUUUAAUGGACGGCCAUGUGUGGUAGCAUAUGCAUCACCUUUUAGCGUUAAGAAGAUGGGGGAGGCUCAAGUUAAUAGGAAUCAGCAGAUGUCACAAGCUAACAUUGGGCAAGGUAGGAGGGGAGCAAAUGAUGGUGGGGGUAAGGCCGGAGGAAAUAAUAUUGCAACCGGUGGGAAUUAUCAAGGUGGGGACAAUAAUAGAGGUGGCUAUGGAAGAGGGAAUUGGGGAAGAGGCAAUAUGCAAGGGAUGGGAAAUAGAGGGCCAGCUGGUCCAAUGAGGAAUAGGGGGCCUGGUGCAGUGGGUGGAAGAGGUAUGAUGGGGAAUGGUGGAAACGGAUUUGGGCAAGGCAUUGGUGGGGCUCCUCCCUUGAUGCAUCCUCAGUCAAUGGGAUUUGAUCCAGGGUUUGGUGCACCUAUGGGGAGGAUGGGCAGUUAUGGGGGUUUUCCCGGUGCCCCAACACCUCCAUUUUCAGGGGUUCUAUCUUCCUUCCCACCUGUAGGAGGUAUUGGAUUGCCUGGUGUAGCACCUCAUCUUAAUCCUGCGUUUUUUAAUGGUCGGAUGCCAAUGAAUGGGAUGGGUGGUAUGAUGCCUGCAGGUGGUGUUGAGGGGCCUAAUAUGGGAAUGUGGUCAGAUCCUGGUAUGGGAGGAUGGGGUGGUGAGGAGCAUGGUGGUGGAAGAGCUGGAGAGUCUAGUUAUGGUGAGGAAGCUGCUUCUGACCAACAGUAUGGCGAGGUGAGUCAUGACAGAGGAGGUUGGCAGAAUUCCAUGAAGGAAAAAGAUCGAGCUUCAGAAAGGGACUGGUCUGGUUCCUCUGAGAGAAGGUAUCGCGAUGAUAGAGAGCCUGGGUAUGAAAGAGACAUGCCUAGAGAAAAGGAUAUGGGGCAUGAUCACGACUUGGCUGAGAGAAGGCAUCGUGAUGACAGGGAUGUUGGUCGAGACAGGGACAGAGAGCGUGAUAGGGACCGUGAACGUUCAAGAGAUCGUGAGCGUGACCGUGAUAGGGAGCGAGACCGAGAAAGGGAGCGUGAUCGGUAUAGGGAGGAAAGAGAAAGAUAUCCGGAUCAUCAUAGGUACAGGGACCGUGAAACAGAGCAUGAUGAUGAAUGGGACAGGGGGCGAUCAUCAAGGCACAGUAAGUCACGUUUAUCUCAAGAGGAUGAACAUCGCUCAAGAUCGAGGGAUGCUGAUUAUGGAAAGAGACGACGGCUUACUUCCGAAUAGCUUAGUUUGAUGCUUAUUAUUUCAUGCUCAUUCAGAUACUCUUACAAGUGGCGUUUUUGGUCCUUAAUUGCUGAACAUUACUUCUCAUUUCAUUGCCUUAAGUUUCUUGAUUGUCGCAUUUCACCAGGAGUAUGGUUUCACCAUUGCAUGAAAGAACUUGAAGGAUCAGUGAUCUUGAGAAUUGAAGCUGUUCAGCAGAACUGUGUUUCCUUACAGAUGAAGAGGACCUCAACCUUGCGUGUGAGAGGAAGACAAUGCAUAACUUUUAAUCAUUACCGACAUUGAUGUUGAAGAUGAACUUUUGCUUUUUAGUUUUUGGAAUCUUUUGCUAUGUCUGUUUUAGUUUAUUGACAUUUGAUCAGAUCAAUGUUAUGGAUGAUUUGAUGAUGGCUUGAACUUCUACUAGUCUGGAUGUGGUAGAUUACUUCAGAACUUAAUGUUUGAAUGUGAUGUAAUAGGAUUUAGCACAGAAAAUGUUGCUGAUGUGCCUGCUCAACUUUGCUAGUUGGCAAGUUGUUGUAUCAUUUUUUAACCCCUUUAUAGUUUCUGAUUAUACCACUAUGUUUAUCAUGUUAUUUUUUGUGAAGGGGAUGUAGGAAAUCUGAUGUAAUAGGAUUUAGCACAGAAAAUGUUGCUGAUGUGCCUGCUCAACUUUGCUAGUUGGCAAGUUGUUGUAUCAUUUUUUAACCCCUUUAUAGUUUCUGAUUGUACCACAA